GCCGCGCCGCCGCCGCCGCCCUCUGCGCCCCGCGGCGCCCCCCGGUCCCGCCCGCCAUGCCCGGCCCGGCCGCGGGCAGCAGGGCCCGGGUCUACGCCGAGGUGAACAGCCUGAGGAGCCGCGAGUACUGGGACUAUGAGGCUCACGUCCCGAGCUGGGGUAAUCAAGAUGAUUACCAACUGGUUCGAAAACUUGGUCGGGGAAAGUAUAGUGAAGUAUUUGAGGCCAUUAACAUCACCAACAAUGAGAGAGUGGUUGUAAAAAUUCUCAAGCCAGUGAAGAAAAAGAAGAUAAAACGAGAGGUUAAGAUUCUGGAGAACCUUCGUGGUGGAACAAAUAUCAUUAAGCUGAUUGACACUGUGAAGGACCCUGUGUCAAAGACACCAGCUUUGGUAUUUGAAUAUAUCAAUAAUACAGAUUUUAAGCAACUUUACCAGAUCCUGACAGACUUCGAUAUCCGGUUUUAUAUGUAUGAGCUACUUAAGGCUCUGGAUUACUGCCACAGCAAGGGAAUCAUGCACAGGGAUGUGAAACCUCACAAUGUCAUGAUAGAUCACCAACAGAAAAAGCUGCGGCUCAUAGACUGGGGUCUGGCAGAGUUUUACCACCCUGCUCAGGAAUACAAUGUCCGUGUAGCAUCGAGGUACUUCAAGGGCCCGGAGCUCCUUGUGGAUUAUCAGAUGUAUGAUUACAGCUUGGACAUGUGGAGUUUGGGCUGUAUGUUAGCAAGCAUGAUCUUUCGAAAGGAGCCCUUCUUUCACGGACAGGACAACUAUGACCAGCUUGUUCGCAUUGCCAAGGUUCUGGGUACAGAUGAGCUGUAUGGGUAUCUGAAGAAGUAUCACAUAGACCUAGAUCCGCACUUCAACGAUAUCCUGGGACAACAUUCACGGAAACGCUGGGAAAACUUUAUCCAUAGUGAGAACAGACACCUCGUCAGCCCUGAGGCCCUAGAUCUUCUGGACAAACUUCUGCGAUACGACCAUCAACAGAGACUGACCGCCAAAGAGGCCAUGGAGCAUCCCUACUUCUACCCCGUGGUAAAGGAGCAGUCCCAGCCUUGUGCAGACAAUGCUGUGCUUUCCAGUGGCCUCACGGCAGCCCGGUGAAAACUUGGAAGACGACGGAAAAGCACCACUGCCUGGGUUCCUAUCCUUUCCAAAUGACCACUUCAGACACACUUGGCCAUCUCUUUGUAUCACUGGAUGACUGAUGCAUGACUGACGUGCUGCUGCCCUUAGAGGAAAGACAAAUGCCAUGUUAACUCCUGUUUUCAUAAAUAAAAAUGUUGAUAACCACCAUCUUCCCAAAGCGGGAGACAAGCCACUGUUCUGAGGACCUUAAGCUUGUAUUUCCUGUGUCUUGGGGGAGAGAAGGGGGAAACCUUGAACUGCAAAGAUGUGUGCUAUGGAGGUUGCAGUGAAUCCCUAUGUUCCGGUGGGGCUUUCCUUUACUGAGAGAGGCGGGGCUAGACUGGUGUCCCAAUGGGGGCUUGUGUGGUUCCUUGGCACUUGCUUCCUCAUUGCCCUCCCCAGGCACCUGCUCCUGGGAUCGGCCCAUUCCAGUGCACAGCUUUUACCUUUGUGGCAGAGCGCUCUGUGUUGAUGAAAACCUCUCCCCACCCCCAUUCCUUGCAUCACAAGCAGGCACACGCUAUUGAGUCUGCAUUUGGCAGAUGGUGGUGUCUUUAAUUAGUGUGCUUCUCACUGACGGAUCCCUCUGUGGCGCUGGACAAUUGGAAGUCAGUUGCCGAAGUGCUGUAAGGCAAAUAAGACCCUUCUUUCCUAACCUUCCACACCAUGUGGCCUUGCUCAAGAGUGUAGAACCCUUCCUUUGUCCAGGGAAAGUUUUCAUGAGACGAUGUUUCUGUAACAGCUUCCUUCCCAAGGGCAUAGUCCUUUCUCUUGUUGGUGUUAGGGUGGAUCUCUGAGACACUGCUAUAAUUCUGCUGGCAUCUCACCGCCCCACUUCACUGUGCUGGACGUGGAAGAAGAAAUGGGGUUUUCAGGCCAUGCCACACAGCUGCUCCCAGGGGAAAGUUAAAAAUAUUAACCUUUCUACUCUUUGUUUAUUUGUGAACUUGGCACUUUCCUGGUGUAAAUACAGUCCUCUGAUUAGUCCCGAGGUGUCCUCAGUAAAUGGGGCCACGGCUGAUGGGGAUGUGGAGUUGGAAAUGCCGAGCUUCUUGCUCUGCUUGCACAGAAUGGUCAAAAGGCCUCAGGGCUUCUAAAUCUGUGUUCUGGGCCCAAGAGGUGGGGAGGAGACCCAGGGAACACACGCUACAACCAGAGCUUUCCCUUUGCUUUUCCAGAAGACCACACCUUAGACCAUCUUUGUUAGUAGCAAUCACAGAGGAAGGAAGAGGGUAUUGCUCUGAAACCUGAGAUCAUAAAGUUAGUUCUUACUAGGUUUUCCACAAAGUGGCAUGGGAAAGUUAAGCUUGUACUCUGUUCCCAGCACUCUAGCCGCAGGCAAGUGGAAGCCUGUCCUCACUCCAGGUCAGAUUGAUUAAUGCCAUCUUUCCCCUCCUCCCA